UGUAUGUACGUACGUUUAUCCACACGUAACAUCCUUUUUAGUCCGCAGCCGAAUCAAAGCUGACGAAGACGUUCUGGACCUAUCAAGAAUCCAGUUAAUCCUAUCACAAUGAUUAUCUACAAGGACUUUCUUACCGGCGAUGAGCUUUUCACCGACAUCUACCCCAUGAAGCUUGUUGGUCCAAAUCAAAACUUUAUUCAACUUAAAGGAAAGAGAGUGACCGAAAAUUCUUCAGCUGGGGAUAUAAACAUCGGAGGCAAUCCGUCUGCUGAGGAAGCAGCUGAAACCACCGAAGAGACUAGUGUAAGUGGCGUAGACAUCGUCCUUGCAAAUCGUCUUACAGAAGUCACGGAGUACACUAAAGAAGCAUACCAGCAGGACAAGAUCAAGCCUUAUAUCAAGAAAUUGAUGAAAGCAAAGGAUGAUCAAAUUAAGGAACUAGAAGCAGAAGGCAAGAAAAAUGAAAAACUAGUGGAGGAGUUGAAGUUACAGUACACAGCCUUCAAGAACACUUUUAAGGAGGACCUGAAGAGCGUCAUACUGACCGGUUUCAAGAAGAAGGAAUUCCAAUUCUUUCUAGGUGAGAGUUUAAGUGACGAAGCCAUGCUUAUUCUCAUGACAUACCCCGAGGACGAUCCCGAAGGCAGACCUUUAAUGUACUUUGUCAAAUAUGGACUGAAGGAAGUCAAAGUGUAAUAACAGCUCAUCCCUAGAAUGUUAUCCUGUAGAUAUAUCCACUCACCAAGUUAAUCACUUUCUUUCGCUGUCACUGCAAGGGAAAGAAGCCGGACAUCCAAAUGCCAUCCUCAACAUGUAUCUCAAAGGAAAAUCUGGUAUCAGAGACAUUGCACUAAAGAGACAAUCCUCCAAAAGAAUUAAGGGAAAUUUUUUGAGAUGAACUAACUUGAGCUUGGGGAGGAGAGGGGGAGAAGCUAUUACAAACUUAGAUGUGGCAAUUUGACUCAUAACCUGAGUCGACUGCCACAUUUUUAGAGUUUAUUGUCAAUAUACACUUUACGUGUGAAAAUAGUCAACCGUGGCAGUUGAUCGUCUGUUGCAUUAGUUGACGGAAGCAGGUAAAGGUUUCAUGUUGAAUCCAUCACGUGUUUGCAUAAAUCUUUUGCAGGCUAUUUCGCAUAACAUUUAGAGGUUGUUUGGUAUUAAAGCAAUAGACGAGUUCAAAGACUAGGUACUGCAUUCAUCCUGAUGAAGAUGCAACAUUACUCCAGCUGCCGUGAAUGCUGCCCUCUUAUGUCAACUACCUGUCAGAUAUAUAAUGGAAAUUGCUAUGGCUCAAACAUGUCUUCUGCAUUUUGUAUAAUGAUUUCAAAUUGACCGAUCUCACAACAACUGAAAUCACUUCCAAGUGUAUGUUUUUCUUCUUAUAGAAGCAACAAGGCACAAAAUUAAAAGCAUUUUUUUUUAAAUGAAAAUAACAUUUAUGAUAACAGAACUGGUUCAGUUGUAUUUAUUGCUGAAUGUUGAACUUUAUUGGAUAUUAAAUCUCAUUGUUUUAGAAGAUUACUUGGGAAUAAACAUGUAAACACAGCCAUGUAAUAUAUAUAUAUAUAUAUAUAUCUUUAGUCCAAGUAAGCCAGAUCUAAUUGUUGCUAAUUUUUUCCAAUUAAUUCAAAUAAUUCAACCGUUUUGGCUUCAUAUAAUGUCUUUAAUUACAGGUAAUAUACAUAUGGUUAUAGACCUAAGCAUUUAUCAUGAUUGUAUAUUGCCAUAUAUCAUGCUUGAGCUUUGCAACAGAUAUCAUAUUCAAACUUAUCAAUAUCAUUUGUGCAAUUGUUGAUAAUGAAUCUCAAAUAUAAAAUCAUUAAUAUAGUAAGAAAAUGACAAAGACAAUCCUGAAUGUUUACAGAGAAUUGAGAAAAAAAUAUAUAAUUGCUUUUCCCCGCCAUCUCUGAGAACAAUAGGCUUUUAUGAUAUUCCAUUCAGAGAUAUUCCAGGGUUCCAUUACAUACAAAUCUACAUGUAUGUGUGAACACUAUAUUUAAUACAAAA